AUGCUCAAAGGUUUAGAGGAAAUAAAGACAAAUCUUUUUUGUGGAAAUCAACAUGUUGACAGAGUGGUUGAGCAAACUAAUUCUGCUACACCAAUUGUAACUGGAGUUAAAAGAAAGGCUACAGUUGGACGCCCACGCAAUCGAUUGAAGGACCCCCUUGAACGAAAAAGACAGAAAACAUCAACAAAAGCUUCUGCAAGACGACAAAUAACAAUUCAGAAACAAGUACAUAUUGAUGCUUUUUCACAAGACCAAGAAUUGGGAAGUUGA